CAAUUUGCUGUAUCCAAUACCCUUAUCUCUCUCUCCAUCUUCCCUUCCAGCUGGUACGUACCCUCCAUUUCAUCUUUAUAUACCCUUUCUCCAUUUCUCAUUCUUCGUCCUUCACAUUCUCUCUCUUUCUCUCUCUGAAUUCCUCUUUUUUCAGGAAUUUGGAGAGACUUUUGAUAUUGCAAGGGUAGGAUAAAUCAGCAUCCAAGGAAAUUAUGGAGUUUUCUACGCUUUUCAUUAUCAGCAACAUGAUGCUGCUUCUCAGUUCAGCAUUUGCCAAAACUGCUAGUCCUCCCUCUCUGAGCCCAACUCCAGCACCAGCCCCAGCACCAGACUUUGUGAACCUUACUGAGUUGCUCAGUGUUGCUGGUCCAUUUCACAAGUUUCUUGGAUACCUUGAAUCCACCAAAGUGAUGGACACUUUCCAAAACCAAGCCAACAACACCGAAGAAGGAAUUACCAUCUUUGUUCCUAAGGACACUGCCUUCUCAUCUUUGAAGAAAUCUGCUCUGUCCAAUCUCACCUCUGACCAGAUAAAGCAAGUGAUCCUCUUCCAUGCCUUGCCUCAUUUCUAUUCUCUGGCUGACUUCACAAAACUCAGCGAAACCAGCUCCACUCCCACAUUUGCUGGAGGGGAUUACACUUUGAAUUUCACUGAUAAUUCUGGGACAGUGCUCAUCAAUUCAGGAUGGUCAAAGACCAAGGUGAGCAGUGCUGUUCAUUCCACAGAUCCUGUUGCUAUAUACCAAGUUGACAAGGUGCUACUUCCUGAGGCAAUUUUUGGCACUGAUAUACCUCCAGCACCUGCUCCAGCACCAACUCCUGAUAUUGCCCCAGCUGCAGAUUCUCCCACCGAACACAGUGCAGACAGCAAAGCAUCUUCUCCAUCAUCUUCUCUUGAUGCCUCCUCUUCUCACAAGCUCAUCAUCAACUUUGGAAUCUGGGCCAACCUUGUCCUGGCAUCUUUUGGUGUGCUGGUGCUCUUCUGAUGGGACUCUUCCUGUUCAAUAUUUAAUUUAGAUUAUGUUUAUGUAUCUACAUUUGGUGCACUUGCUUUGAUUUGAAUCCAUUUUUUUUGAACAUAAGUGUUAUUCAAUAUCUGUAUGAAUGUGAUUUCUGCUGUUAUACUAUUUUUUUAAAAUCUCAUAGCAUGUGGUUGCCAUGUUAUGUGGUUGUUAUCUUAUGACUGUAUCUACCCUUUUUGGAGAGUUUUAAUGCCAUCACUUAAAGUUAAAGUUUAUUCCUCAA